AUGGACACCACGGCGAUUCGAGGCCUCCUCGCGGCCAGUUUGGACCCUGAUGCCGACAAGAGAAGGAGGGCUGAGAUUCAGCUGAAGCAGAUCGAAGAGCACCCCGGGUUUAUGGACGUUCUCCUCGAAGUCCUCCAGAAUGAGCAAGACAAUAGCGUACGGCUAUCAACCGUCAUCUACAUCAAGAACCGCGUGAACCGAGGAUGGGAAAAGUCAGAGCACAGCCCGAACGAGACACAAAUCGCCGAAGAUGAGAAGGCACGCUUCCGCGACCGCCUGCUGCCCAUCAUGGCUGCCUCUCAGGGGCUGGUUCGGCAGCAGCUGAUUCCCGUCCUUCAGCGCAUCCUGCACUUCGACUUCCCCGAGAAGUGGCCCAACUUCAUGGACUACACCAUGCAGCUCCUUAACACAAACGACGCUCCCUCCGUCCUCGCUGGUCUGCAGUGCCUGCUUGCCAUCUGCCGGGCCUACCGGUUCAAGUCCUCCGAUGGGGACAACAGAGUCCACUUUGACAAGAUUAUCGAGGCCAGCUUCCCCCGUCUAUUGGUUAUCUGCAACGAGCUGGUCGCCCAGGAGAGCGAUGAGGCCGGUGAGAUGCUUCACUUGGCUCUCAAGGCCUACAAGCACGCAACUUGGCUUGAGCUCUCCGCUUUCCUGCGCGCACAGCAGACCAACUUUGGCUGGUGCACCGUUUUCCUUCAGACCGUUUCCAAGACUAUUCCGGCCAGCGCCAUGGUCGACGACUCAUACGAGCGUGAAAAGCACCACUGGUGGAAGGCAAAGAAGUGGGCAUACUUCAACCUUAACCGCCUGUUCAUUAGACACGGCAACACUCAGUCUGUUACCAACACCAAGGACGAGGAUGCGGUUCGCUUCGCUAAAGAGUUCUCCGCCACCAUCGCCCCGGAGAUUCUCAAGCACUACUUGCAGGAGAUCGAGAAGUGGGUUGCGAAGGCGGCCUGGCUGAGCAGACCCUGCUUGUCUUACACUCUCGUCUUCCUCGACGAGUCGGUACGCCCCAAGGAGAUGUGGAACCACCUGAAGCCUCACCUCCAGAACCUGGUCACACAUUUCGUGUUCCCUGUUCUCUGCCUUUCUGAGGAGGAUAUCGAGAAGUUCGAGGACGAGCCCGAUGAGUACCUUCACAGGAAACUCAACUUCUACGAGGAGGCCUCAGCUCCCGACGUUGCGGCUACCAACUUCCUCGUUGGCCUGACGAAGAACCGGAGAAAGCAGACCUUCGAGAUCCUCAAGUUCGUCAACGCGGUGGUCAAUGAAUACGAGCAGGCACCGGACGACAAGAAGAACCACAUCGCUAAGGAAGGUGCUCUGAGAAUGAUUGGUACACUGGCUCCCGUCAUCCUGGGCAAGAAGAGCCCCAUCGCCGAUCAGGUCGAGUACUUCCUCGUCCGCUACGUCUUCCCUGACUUCACAAGCCCCCAGGGCUACCUGCGUGCCCGAGCUUGCGACACCAUUGAGAAGUUUGAGCAGCUCAACUUCCAGGACCAGAACAACCUUCUUACUAUUUACCGUCACAUCCUCGACUGCAUGGCUGACCCUGCUCUGCCCGUGCGUGUCACCGCCGCCCUUGCUCUGCAGCCCCUUAUCCGUCAUGACAUUAUCCGCACAAGCAUGCAGCAGAGCAUUCCUACCAUCAUGCAGCAGCUCCUCAAGCUCGCCAACGAGGCCGAUAUCGACGCCCUUGCCAACGUCAUGGAGGACUUCGUUGAGGUUUUCGCUACCGAGUUGACGCCCUUCGCUGUUGCCCUCAGCGAGCAGUUGAGAGAUACCUACCUUCGCAUUGUCCGUGAGGUGCUCGACAAGAACAAGGACAACGGCGAUGACGAGUACGGUGACUACCUCGAUGAGAAGAGCAUUACUGCUCUUGGUGUCUUGCAGACGAUCGGUACUCUCAUUCUCACCCUGGAGAGCACUCCUGACGUUCUGCUGCAUAUUGAGGCUGUUCUCAUGCCUGUUAUCCAGGUCACUCUUGAGAACAAGCUGUACGAUCUGUACAACGAGGUCUUUGAGAUCAUUGACAGCUGCACAUUUGCCGCCAAGGGCAUUUCUCCCACCAUGUGGCAGGCGUUUGAGCUUAUUCACGCUACCUUCAAGGCUGGCGCUGAGCUCUACCUCGAGGAUAUGCUGCCCGCCCUGGACAACUUUGUUCAGUACGGUGCUAGCCAGCUGGUGCAGAAGCCUGAGUACAUCGAGGCACUCUUUUCCAUGAUAUCCGACAUGUUCAACGACAACAAGGUUGGCGGUGUUGAUCGGAUUUGCGCCUGCAAGCUGGCCGAGGCUAUGAUGCUUAACCUCCGUGGUCAUAUUGAUAACUACGUCUUGCGAUUCAUUGAGUUUGCCAUGAACGUUCUCGAGGUCCAAGACGUCAAGGUCAAGGCCUACAAGAUCCACCUCAUGGAGUUGGUCAUCAACUCUAUCCACUACAACCCCAUUCUCACUCUCCACAUUCUUGAGACCAAGGGCUGGACAAACAGGUUCUUCAGCCUGUGGUUCGGAAGCAUGGGUAACUUCACCAGAGUCCACGACAAGAAGCUCUGCAUUGUCGCCAUCUCUGCCCUGCUCAGCCUCAAGGCCGACCAGGUUCCCCAGAGCGUCUCUGUCGGAUGGCCACGCCUGCUCCAGGGAAUCACCGAGCUGUUCAAGACCCUGCCCUCUGCUAUGAAGAACCGUGAGGAGGCCCUCCGCGAUGACUACCACCUUGAGGCCGGCAACUACGAGUAUGGUGACGAGGAUGAGUGGGCCGAAGACGAGGCCAACUGGAACGUCGAGGAUGAGGUUGACGAGGAGGAGGGCGCGGAUGCUCGCGAUGAGAGCACCGCUUACCUCGAGUUCCUCAACGAGGAGGCCCAGAAGUUCAGCCGAGGCGUCGAGGACAUCGAGUCUGAGGAUGACCUGGGCGAGGACAGCGUCCUCCUUGAGUCUCCCCUCGACAAGGUUGAUCCCUACCAGCUGUUCAGCGCUACUUUGAUGAAGAUGGAAGAGGAACAACCCCAGUUCUACCAGUCUUUGGCCUCGCAUCUGACUGCUGAGGACCAGGCCGCCCUGCAGGGCGUCAUGCAGAAGGCGACCGAGAACGCUCAGGCCGCCCAGCUGGCCCUCGCCCAACAACAAGGUGCUGCCCCCGUUAACGGUGGUGCCAGCUAA